AUGGGCGGCCUGGUCAAUGCCUGCAAGGUGCCCUACGUCUACAAGACUUUCGGUUCUGAGAGGCACGUCGACCAGCACUCGUUGGCGGAGCGUAGUACCAGAUGCGUGCAAGCGCCCUGCUACUGCUAUGAGUGCACGCUGUUGUUUGAGGGCUCGCCGUCGAGCCUCGUGCAUCACCUCACGACACCGUCCGACAAUCACUACUGGCCCGCGAUGAACAUCAAGUAUGAGACGUGCUACCCGUUCGCCGUGCCGGAGUCACUGGAGGAUCACUGCCGCCUGCUAGUCUCGAAGGAGGACGGCAACGCCUUCCUCUUGGCCGUGGGCACUGGCAAGGCCCACGCAGGCUGCCGCCCCGUCUCUAUAGUGUGCGUCAGGGGGAACGCCGCUAACGCUGACACGAGGCCGCUGUACUAG